AUGAAUUACUCAUAUUAUUGUCGUGAUUAUAGACAGGAGAAUGAAACGGUCGGUACUGUGGAUUAUUGUUCAAAUCCAGUAAGUGGUUCAAAUUGGACUAACGAUCAGAAAUUUCUUGGUUUACCUUCCUCACAUCAGAGGCGAAUAUCUCAGCACAAAAAUGUAAUGGCUGGUAGACGUCCAAGAACCAGAUCGAUACCUCGUCAUCCUCCAGUUAACAUGAAUUAUUCUUCCUGUCGUGAUUUUAAUCAUCAGAAGAGAUAUUCCCGUGGACAUUCAUUAGACUAUGCACACUCACAUCCUAAGCGAACGUUUGCACGAAGUUCUGCAACUAGUUUGUUAAAUGAUUUAGACUAUCAUGAUAAUGAUCCAUCCUCAGAGACUGCAGCAAUUAUCCACUUAACCGAUGAGCUACUUGGGUUACGUCAGGGUUUGAAGCUAACGCGUGAAGCCAAUUCUGAAAGACUUGAAGUUGCUUUGAGGCAUAUUUCACUACUUGAACUGGAACUACAACGCCAACGCUGUUUAAAUCAUGAUGCUGAAGUUGCUAGACAACGAGAAGUUGAACGUUCUCAAUGGGAAAAGCGUCUAGCUGCGACACUUGGAGAGCUAAGGCACUUUGGAAGCGUCAAAAAGCUUUCUGAUCAAUCUGAACUGAAACUAGAACGCCAACAGUUAGAACUAGAUCAAACAAAAGCAACUUUGGAUGCUCAAAAAGAAGAGAUAAACACCUUGAACACCCUACUCAAUUCACUAUUAGGUCUACAUCCAAAUGAUGUAUCCCCAACUGAUCUUCAGCGAUUACAAGUUGGUUUGCUUGAUUUGCACAAGCGUAUGCAACCGGAUUCGUUCAAUCAGCAUCAGUAUCAUCAUCACCAACAACAAAUUCCAAAUCAUUUUCCUCUUCAUCAAACUCUUCAUCGUACUCAAUCUCUAAUGACUGGUUUGACUGCCUCUGGCAAUGAACAUGUAAACAGAAUGGAUUGUUUGAAUCCAAAUGUUAUGCCAACUCCUGUUGUUCAGUCAUCAGGUACGAAUCAUCAGUUGUACUGCAAUGUGCCCGAACAUCAUGAUUUGGAAGAUUGUCUUGGUCAGUUACAAUACAGAAUUGAAGAGUUGUGUAAUCAGCAAGAAACUACUCAGAAUAAACUACGAAAUAGUACGAAGAUACGCAAAAAAUUAGAGUCUCAAUUAGAGGAACAAGAUUCCGUGCUAGGUCGUUUAAAAUCUGAACUAUUAUCUUGUCAAGAAGACUUGAAAGUGGCAAAACAAGAAGUUACACGUUUAUCCUAUGAAAAAGAAGCUGCGCAGAAGUCAAAACAGGACCAGCUAGCCAGUAUGGUUGCAGAUAUAACCACUUUAGAAACCACAGUUUCCCAACGUCGUGUAGAACUCAGCGCCCUUGAUACUAACAUACAGGACUCCGAUCAGCAGCUUUCGAUUCUUAAGACUCAGGCAAAAGAAGCUGUUUCAAAGUAUGAAGAAGCUAAACGUGAAUACGACACGCUUAAGUCUCAGUUAGACAUGAUACGUUCAGAGAAAUCUCUGGCUGACGAAAAUUUGGAACAGUUACGUACAAAGCUAUCAAAAACAAACCUUCAAGUUGAACAAUUGGAAUCAAAUAAAUCUAGUCUCGAGAAACAGCUUACACAGUUAGAAGAUGCCGUCAGUGCAAAAAAGUUGGAGUAUAACCAGUUGCUACCGAAAUUAAGUGAAUUGGAAACCAAAUUGACUCGUACUCAGCAUGAUAUUCAAAUUGGUGCUGAGCGUAUUCGUAGUGAUCAUCAAUUAAGAUUAGAAGAUGAAAAGUUAUCAGCUGUGCGUCAAGCCGAAUUAACUCGACUAGCCCGACAGAUUGAAGAAGAUAAACUUCGUCUAGAGGUACUUGGUCAAGAAACUGAGGCGAAAAAGACUGAAUUGGAGCUAAUCAAAGCUGAAAAAAGACGUGAAUUGGAGAACUCAACGUCAAAUGUUCGAGAGUUGGCUAAACAAACCGCAAAUAAGCAACAGGAAUUAAAUGACACACAGGUGUCAUUAAACGCUUCUCUUGAUGAGAAAGAACGUAUCUUACAGUCAGUUAAAGCUCUACGUUUGGAACGAGAAAAUAUGCUCAUUGAGCUGAAUCGAGAACAAAAGUCUGUUGCUGAACUGAAUGCACUGGUUACACGACAAAAUCGUGAAUAUGAGCAUCUGACAGAAAUGUCACGUUUAGAAGAAUCAAGAAUAUUAAAUCUAAGCUUACAACAACGAGAUUUAAUUAAUCAGUUAGAAAGGCUACAAACACAGUUAAAUGAAGAGAAAGAAGAAUUACGUGAACAUGAAGUUGCAAAGAUUAGAAAAAACACAGAAUAUGAAACUAUUCGCAAAGAUGUAUUACGUGAGCAAUCAGAAUUAGAGUACAUUCGUAAAGAAAAAGAACAAGUGGAAUUAGAACUGACUCAUUUGCGACAAGAACGUGAUAUUACAAAAUCUCAAUGGGACAACUUUCAAUCAAAAACCAAAGAAUUAGAGACUCAGAAUACUGUUCUGAAAGAUUCAAUUUCGGAAUCAAAUCUAUUAUUAGCCCGAAUUAAAGCAGAAUCUGAAGCAGUAUCUAAUGAAUUACGUCAAAAGAAUAUCGAACGUAAUGCAGUUCUUGCUGAUUGUGAUCGAAUUUUUAAGCAAACAACUGACAGUCGUGGUGAAUUUAAUAUUGUUCAGCAACGUUUGCAGAAGGCUAGUGAACUGAAACAGUCUAUUGAAUCUAGUCUCAAUGAACAACGUCGCCAACGAAUGCUUCUAUCAGAUGAAUUAAGUCAUCUAGAAGAGGCAGUUCACACCGGAAGGCUGGCUAAACAACUUGCAGACGAAAGUAAAGAAGCCAGUGAAGAUGCACUUAAAAAUGCUAUGAAUAAAUUAGAUAAACUACAAAGUGAAAGGAAAAUCCUCGAAGAAGAACUGAGCAGCUUACGAAUUUCAAAAGACAACGAACUAUGUUACUUGGAUGAGCGCCUUCGUACUACACGUCAGCACUUGGAAUCUGUUGAAUUGGAAUUAUCACAGAAGUCAUCCAAACUGAAUGAAGUCAAUGAAAAAUUAAAUAUUGUACAAAACGAAUUGAUCUCUAAAGAACAAGCAAAAAGUAAAUAUGAAGAAUUAGAAAGGGAACUGGAAAAAUUAAAACAGCAUCAGAAAUAUUCGAUGGGAGAUGAUGAAAACAAACAAACAUCUCUUAGUCAUCUAUUCAAUGAAUUGGAAACAAAGAGUUCCACUAAAACACAAGACAAUAAUAAUAACAACAGUAGUAAUAAUAACCUCUUACAAGUCCUGAUGGAUACAAAGUCGGCAUUGAUAGCUGCUCAACGUGAAUCAAAGCGCUUAAAAAGACGUACAGCUCGUGAAGUCGCUGAAUUGGAACGAGUUGCUGAAGAACAGUGUAAUCGUGCAGGUGAUCUAACUGAACAAUUAUCUUUAGCUAGGCGUCACUAUGCUCAACUAAGGAGUCAAAUCACCACUUAUGGAAUACUUAUGGAUGAAGUGAUCACAAUUGCUUCACAAACGGAAUUAACUGAACAUGGAAAACGUCUAGAAGCUGUUUUAUCAGCAGUUCGAGCUGAAUUAGAACAGCAUAAUAUGGUGAAUACGCUAGCUGAUGAAAAUGAUCGUAGUGGAUCAAUAAUUUUCGGACAAAAAAUUCAUGAAAUGUUAAAUCCAGAGCCAGAUUCAAGAAUUUCACAAGAUCAUUUAUCAAGCGAUGCGAGAAUUCAGGACAUGGCUGGCCUUAAUUAUUCGUCCAGUGGAUUAGAAAAGUCGCUACUUCUAUUAAAAAAUUCAUUCCAUGAAUUAAGUCAUUCUCCAAGCAAUUUGUACAGUUUUCAGUCAUUAACUGGUUCUCUGAAUGGAUUAUACAAAAAAGCAAAUCCUUUCUCCUCAGGAGUAUGUCCUAACAAUCAUACGGGACAUAUGGAUGAGCCUGGAACAAACUACACAACUUCCGGACUGGGCUCUAGCUUGAAUCCUGGUACUCAGGCAGAAAGCAACGGUAGUGCUCAGGAGAAUUCGGCUAUUUUAUCACCAUCUACUCUGGUUGGAACAAAACCAAUCGGAAACGAUUGGAAGCAAAAACUUCUGUACAUCAGUCUUAUACUCCGCGACAUUCUAAAUCUGGUCGUACACGAUCCAGGCCUACAUAAUCAACACUGCAGUAUAGAUGAAGAAAAUAAAUUCUAA